AUGCCGUCGCCGUCGUCAUCAUCAGCGCAAGUGCUCGCGGCGAUCCCAGUCACUUUCAACAGCAGCUACAUCGAAGUGCAGCGCCUGGCUCGCUUCGCUUACGAAGACGAGUCGCAAACGGGACUGCCGCAUCCGGCCCUGGUUCAUAACAAUCGCCCCUGGACGACCGGAACAGCUCUUCACCUUGGCCGCGAUGAUCAAAGCACCACGGCUCCGUCUUCAAGACCCGGCACACUUCCUAUGAGGACCAUCCCGGACGAUCAGCGGGGUGGCGUCCCUUCCUUCCCACCCACUGCGUCCACUCUCGACGGAGUAUGGGUCGCAGACCCUGCACGUUUUCCGUUUGGUUCCUUCUCCAUCAGCUCAGCACCACUUCUGCAGCCACCGCCUUCAAGGCCCUUUCAAAGCCACGAGGCAACGAUCGACGAGCUCGACACGAUGGAGACUGAGAGGCAGAAAGACCAGUCAGCCGACGCCAAUCCGUCCGAAGCGCCCCACCAGGCAGAUGCGUCCACGGACGCCGGCCAUGAUGCGCAGAAUCGCGACAUUGGCAAACCGACAGAGACGGGGCCGGACGCUGUCGAGUCUCCGGUUGAGCAGCGACAACAGGCUACCUCGGCCGGGGAGGGCCACAUCCAUUCCAUGACAGCGUAG